CGCGGCUCGCGACCGCUGCUUUGUUGUGGGAAAGCGGCCAGUGGCGGCCGCCCCCAGCGUUGCCUGGAGAACAGCAAGACUCACAGUAGCAAAAUGUGCCUCUCCCCUACGUCCCUCCUCCCCGACCACAUAGCAAAGGGCACCCCUUCCUGGUGGAUGUGGGGGCAUCGGGUGUCCCGUCCAAAGCUUUUAGGGUCCCUCAGGGGACCCUAAGGACAUAGCUGCCCAGAUUUCAUCGGAUUCCACAGCUGUCAUCAGUGUGGCUAACGCAGAGGAGAAGGCGGGAGGAAACAGCUCCAGCCUGGGCCUGGGUCAGCCUUCCCUAUGUGACAUCUGACUUGGCCUGUCCUGAAUGGCUCUCCUCCUUGGACUAUUUAGAAGUGUGGAGGCUGGUUGAACAGAACAAGAUCUGAGCGGGAAAUGAGAGGCCCUUGAAGGCAGAAGCUGACCGUGUUCAUAGGCAGCUGGACCCUCGAAUGCUUCGGGGAGAUGGAGAGCAUCAAUCUCAACGCCUUGCCACUGGUGGCUGUGGACGAGCAUCUGGCCGCCUCGCCCACUGCACGGAAUGCGAUGAAGAACGCUGUGAGGAAGAUUCUGGAAGACAAUCCACCCUCAUGCUUCAUCAGCCCUAUACACGUAGUGAAUCAAAAGAUUGCUGAAAUAGAUUUGAGUCCCAACCUACUGAUGGACAGCCUGGCAAUUGAGAAAGAUGAGCUGGAGAAGAAGGCUUUAAGAGAGAAAAGUCGCAUCAGCCUGGCAGACAGAGACAAGAGUCGAAGGGAAAAGGAGUAUGCCUGCAGAAGCUCAAAAUUCAGGACUGUCACAUCUUCCAUUCCUAAGUGGAAAAUAACAGAUAAAAAUCUGCUGGCAGAGCUCUACCAGUAUCCACAAUUUAACAGCACCGGGCCAAACCAGCUCCCAAAUGGGGUGGACUUCUGCGACAUGGUGGGCAAUGUGAUCCUGGCCGAGAGGAACCCCAUGAGUGGCGUGUCUUUCUGUUCAGAAAGAGAAUUAGAGAAGUUCCUCUCUUCUCCUUCUCCGAAAGCCAUAUGGCUGGAUAGCUUCUGGUGGAUCUUUCACGAUCGGUACCAGCCAAACAAGGAAGUUCAGAAUAAACUGUUUGACCGGAUAGCACAUCACUACGCCUUUCUUUUGUCUUGUGACUCAAGGUCCAAGUAUGAAGAGGCGAUCUUAAAAAGGUUGUCGUCGCUUCUGAGCAAAGCCCUGUACACCAGCUUCUGCUGCUGCUUCCCGCAGUCCUGGUUCAACUCGCAUGAAUUCAAGUCUACCAUCUGUGACACCAUGAGCCUGUGGUUCUCAGGGGCAGGCACUGCCGUCUCCACUCUCCAGAUGAAGAAACCGAAGCCUCUUAGAGAGAAAGGGACUCACUCCAGGCCACAAGGUAUAUAUCCUCGCCCGCAGAGCUAUGACAAAUGGAACUAUUCGAAACUGGAUCCAGAGAGAUUCCGGAGGGAAGAAUUAAUAGCUCAGAAAAGAUUGAUAAAAGGAAAAGAACUUUCUAUCUUCUCUUUUAAGAGACUCUUCUCCCAGAAGUCGCCCUGGAAUGGGAAAGUCCAACUCCCUCAGACUUAUAGUGUCAAUUCAAUCAAUGAGAGUGUCGGUUUCACCAAGAAGAUGUUAGAAGACAGCUCCCAGAAUGCUCCCAAAGACUAUCAAAAUCAGACUGGGGCCUUGAGGAAAGCCACACAGCAAGUCAAGAAGAUAACAGAAGCACGAUUGAACGAGCUCCUAUUUAAUAAGCAGUCUCAUCCUGUCCGCAAAAGCCCUGCAAUGAACUCCAACCUCUUCAACAUCUAUGGCAAGAGCCCCCUGAUCGUGCACUUUCUGCAGAACUAUGCCAGCCUGCAGCACCGGGGCCAGGAUGUGCUGAUCCACAGGCUGGAGAAGCCCAAGACUGCGCCAUAUCCUCCCCAGCAUGGAGGCCGCACCUUGCUCCAGCCCCUGCUGCCUCUCCCCAGAAGGAAGGGGCAUCGGGCCUACAGCAUAGUGCCUGGCACACAGUGGGCAUCAUCGAGGGUGGCCCUUCACCUGCACCUGAAGGCAAGAGGCCCCCCACUAACAAUGCUAAGUCAGCACUCAGGACAGACCGGGCUUUCCUUGACCAUCGAUGCCACUGAGCAUGGGCUGAGGUACACGGACAUCAUCAACCUGACCCGCAGCAACAUGAAGAGGCGGAAUUUCAAACUGCAGCAGUUGAACCAGCUUCACUGGCAAGAAUGGAGUUAUUUUGAUCAGUACUUAAAGGAACUGCAGGACAACUUCCAAAGGGAGGUGAAGAAUAUUGAUCAAAGGGAAGCAAAUAAGAAAAAGGCAAACCUCAUGUUCAUCCCACCUUCGAGGGCUCACGAGGAAUCUCCUGACAAGAAAUCUAAACGAAACUUCUUUAAGGGACCUCUUGGCAAGAGAGCUAAAGUAAACUAUCAGAGAGAAACUAACAUUCUUUCAAGAGGCAUCACCAGGAAGUCGGCACUGCUGUCUUAACGUCAGACGCCUGUGGACAAAUGUUGGUGCAGAAUUAGGACAUCUUUCGGAAUGAGGCCUGCACACGUGGUGGGGUUUUACCUAAUGGAAACAACAACACAAGCCAACCCCAAAUGUUAUUCAUUCCUAGACCACAGGACAGAGAAUAAUAAAGUUCACACCUACCCUGAGUCAAAGUUGUCAUUUCAAUUUAAGUCAC